AUGGGCGAUGAGGAGGGGAUCAUUCACCCCUCAGUUGGACACUGUGUGGCUAUGAAUCCACCCUCAGACCACAGAAAAGACACCCUUCAGGGACUUCAUCUGAAGCAGUCGCCACUCAAGGACCCGCCAUCACCCCCAGUUCCACAAGAGAGGUGGCUCCCAGAACAGCAUAAGCAGAAACAGAGCCUCAGAUCUUGCACUGGCAGCACACGGGGACACAGCAGCUGGACUGGGAGCAGCGGGGCUUGCAGCAGCUGGACUGGCAGCAGGAUGACCCACAGCCUGAGGAUGAGCAACAGGGCUUGCAGCAGCUGGACUGGCAGCAGGAUGACCCAGAGCCUGAGGAUGAGCAGCAGGGCUUAUAGCAGCUGGACUGGCAGCAGGAGGACCCACAGCCUGAAGAGCAACAGCAGGGCUUGCAGCAACCACACUGGGAGCAGCCACAAGAACCACAGCCUCCCUUGGAGCCCCCACAGGAGCCACAGCCCCCCUUGGAGCCCCCACAAGAGCCAUAGCUGGAGCAGGAACAGGCUGGCACACAGCAGCACACAGGCUUGCAGCAGCAGACGGGCACGCAGCAGCUGGAGCCACACCCCCCACAGCCGGAGCCACAGCCCCCACAGCCGGAGCCACAGCCCCCACAGCUGGAGCCACAGCCCCCACACCCGGAGCCACAGCCCCCACAGCUGGAGCCACAGCCCCCACAGCUGGAGCCACAGCCUCCGGAGCAGCCACAGCAGCCCAUGGUUCUGGUGGAUUGAGGGUGGAGCAGGUAGAGGAGCAGGUGAGAGGGCGGUGCAGGUGUGGAGCCCCCUGAGCCUGGGCUCUUUAUAUCCCUGCCCAGGGAUCCUAGACACAAUCACGUUUGCCAAGGCCCCUUACAUCCACAGGACCCAGGAGCCUGGAUUUGGAGGCCAGGAGGGCAUCGGUCAGCCAAGCACAAGACGCCCUGGAGUCACCCUUGGUGCCCGUCCCUCUAUGACAAGUGGCCAAGGCAGCCACAGAUGCAGAACCGCCCACCGUAGCUGCGCUCCAGGGAAGCUUAAGGGACCAAAGCAGGGGGAGCUGGACCCGGCCCGUGGGCUGUAG